AUGACACCCCACCCCCACCACCCCCACGUUUAUCCUCCGUCCGAAGACGAUCCCGAAGAAGAAGACGACGACGACAAUGAUACAGGGCGAAUAUCCCUAUCCACCGCGACGACGACGACGACGACGACGACGACGACGACGACCAACGACCCAGGUGGUCGAGAGGAGGAAGAUCGAUGGGAUCCUCUGGAUUUGCAGGACGAUCCUUCCUUCGAAGGUUUGUUGACACGACCUCGCCAAACUUCGACGCCUCAGAAAGGACGGGGGAUGAACAAGAUCCUAGUUGAUGAAGAUGAGGAGCCAUCUUCCGAAGGGGCGGACGAUUGGCCGCGAGGGGAUGGGAUCCGCUUGACGCGUCAACGAUUGGCCAACUUGCCUCUCGUCGUUGAGGAGGCGCAACAGAGGACCCAUUCCAGCACGUCGAUGACGAAUACACGAAUCGCGAGCGGUGCUUUGUCUUCGCCCAUGUAUGCACCUUCGCCUUCGACCGGGUCGAGUACGUUGGUCGAUCCGAGGGAGGAUGAAGUGGAUUUGAUGAUGGCGCGAAGGAGACUCAAGGAGAAAGCUAGGGCGGGCAGGGAACAAGGGGAGGAGAUGACAAUACGGCAUGGGAAUGGAGUGACCACCCUGAGGGAAGAAGCGGAAGACGAAGAGGAAGAGGCCCGAACAGAGAUCGCGACACCGAGGACGAGACCGAACAACGAGCACGAAGAUCAAUCUCCAUCACCUCCCCGACCAUUCUCCAACCCGACCCCACGAAGAAGAGGUGCCCCACUCGAAUCUUACGUCCAAUCACACACCACACCACGAUACACCACAUCUCGAACCAGCCCCCUCCCCACCGCAACUCCACUAGCACCCGGAAGUUUCCCCCCCAUACCCUCCCGCACCCCCCUCCCUUCUCAACCUUCCUCAACACCCCUCCCACGCCACACAGGCCGAGCGCAAAUCCUCGACGCCUUCAACCGCUUCAUCCAGGGACCCAACGGAGCUCUGACCCUCUCAGCGGAGAGAAGAGCCGCAUUGACGAGAAAGAACGUACGCGCUGAAGCAGAGGCGAGGGAGGUUCUGAUGAGGUCCAAGACGUCGUCGGUGGGGUCCUCGGAACUAAAGCGGUCGACAUCGACGAUGAGAACGGUCAAGGGGACACCGCAUCCUACGGGGUGGUAUGCUUUUGAGCCGAGAGCGAUCGAGAGCGGGGAGACAGAGGCGAGUUCACCUAGCGUGAGGAACGGGAGAGGCGAUGCUCAAGACAGAGAGGCGCAGCCGACAAGCAAACCAUUUACAAAUACCCGAUUCACGAGACAAGAUUUCGUCGAGGACGAAGGGGAUCGAUCGAGAGGACGGAAUCCGCGGACGCAGGAAUAUGAGGGUGAUGAUUCGGCGCAAGAGGAGGAAGACGACGUUGAGCAAGAGGAGGGCGAGGAAGAAGAAGCGGUGUACAGAGCUACUGGAGGAGGAAGGAGUGCGAUCGAAUACGCCAUGGCCAAAUCGUUCAUCGCUUCACCCGUCAAAGCUAAACCACGAGUCAACUCACCACCCCAAUCGACAAUUCCCCCUCGACCUAUGACCCCACCUUCCCCGACCCUGCCCGAACUCCCACCUAUGCCACCUACGCCAUCUCCUCAAUCAUCACCUACCGCUCGUCGACGUCGAACACCUCUCACCACGCAAACGAAUUCCUCCUCCUCAGCCGCAGCCACACCUUCCUUCCGUUCCCUCACCAAGAAGGUCCCCCAAUCGUCCACCCCACCAAGAUCCCCUCCCCCCCUUCCUCGAACCACCCAACCCGACCAUCCACGUUCCUCGACCCCACCAAGAAGUACGAGAUUCAUCCCCCCAAGUCCAAGUCGAACACCUCUAUCCAAACGAUCUUCAACGACGCCUCCUUCUUCCUCGAAAAAACCGACGCCCAAGCUCGCCUUCGUUUCCCCCUCGAAAUCGCCAGUGAAUUCACCACCUCCUCGAGUAACGUAUCAAGUCCAAGAGCGUUCAUUCCGAAAUGAGAAGGAGGAGGAGAUCGAUCCAAGUCGAGAUGAUGACCAACACCUUCUUGAGCUCGUCGAAGAACUGGCUCGUAUAGUCCGCUCUCGAUCAAUCGAAUCCUCGCGGGAAGAAAGUGGAGAGGAUCUUGAGGAGGGAGGGAGGGGCUUUUAUGACGAGGAGGAUGCAGCGCUGUUGAGGAGAAAUGAGGAUGUCUUGAGAGAGGCUGAGGAGUGUGUGAGGGAGGGGAGGGACCUGGAAGAGGAUUUGAGGGGGGAGGAGAGGGAGGGGAAGAUGAAUGAAGUGAGCCACCCACCUUCAUGACGGGUAUCACUUUUCGGUUACUGAUGAUACCUCCCUCUCAGGCAACAAUUCAAACGCUCUUGCAACGUCUCGACGAAGCCGAAACGAUCGACGAAUCCCUCCUUUCUCGAAUGGAUGCUCUUCGAUCAACCUUGGAUACACUGGGGAGAGAUUUAGGUGCCCAAGUUUCUUUGGCAGUACAAACCAAGUUGGAAGAGGAGGCGAGCCAGAGGGGAAAUUGGUUGAUGUGGGGUGUCGCAUGUCAGUUCGUGUUGAUUUGGGUCGUGAUGUGGUAAGAGAUCGGCCUCCCUCUUCAUAUUGGCUCGACACGAUUUGCUGAAGAAUCUGUGUAUCCACCAGUCUCGCCAAUUACCGCGCCUCAAGGCUCUACGACUCCUCCUUCAUUGACCCCUUUACCCACCCAGCACUCUAUUACAUCUCACCCUCCACAACGACCCAUCAUAUCUCUGAAGAAACUCUCGCGCUCUUCUCACCCGUGCCUAAAAGGGGUAGAGGAGCCGGUCAAGGGGGCCUGAAUUACGUCGUUUUGGUGAUGAGGAAGUUGGUGGGGGGGAUUGGUCGGGGGGAGAAAGGGUUUGGAUUUGGAAUGCGCGGUAUGGGUACGGGGAGAGGGGUCGUGGAGAGGGUUCCCUUUUGA